AUGGGCAGAUUCGCCGGUGACAGUCGUCGUCGGCAUCCGUUUUCCACUGCUACUUCGGAGCGCACCGCAAUGCGAACUCAUUUAUACCACGUACCGAAUAGUGAACACCAAUGGGGUGAAUGGAAGUCGGGCGAACAUUAUUGUUCGUAUGUCACGAUCUCACGGCACGUUGAUUUUCCGGUCCAUCGAGUUUCGGAUACUGAAGCGCUGGUGCUUGUAGCGGCAAUUGUCGACGCGUUGGUCUCGGGGGAGUCUGGGCGGAGAGAGCGCAGGUUUAGUCACCACGGGUUAGUUGGUAAUUAUCAUCGAGGUGAACAUAAUAUUUUGUUUGUACUGCCGAGCUGUACUGGCUUCUCUGGAACAUCGAGUUCCAGUUAUCGUGUUCUGGAUAUCUGCAGGGCUGUCUUACUAUAUAGUCUGUCUAUCUAUAUAGAAUAUGUUCUGCUAUAUUUUGUAUUUGGUGGUUGA